CCAUCUUCAAUACGACAAUUAGCUAAUGGCAAUUUAAGGAAGGUAUGUGCGGUGCGGUUCAUCAGAAUUCAAUCUAAGAGCAGUAUAGUUAGCUCCCCUACUCCCAACUACACGCCUUUAAUAUAUCCGCCUAUCUAUAACUAUCUAUAUUGGCCCAAACCCAUCUCUGCCUUCUUCUAUUUCAUGUGCUGUUUUUCACUUUGAAUCUAUUUGAGAUCUCCUUCAAUUUCCCACUUCAAGCUCUGGUUCUAGUCCAAUCUUGAGUACGAUCCUUUGUAGUCUAAAGGGUUUCUUUUGUUUGCCAUUUGGUGUAUUGGGUCUCUCUCAUUUCAUCAUUAGGAUGAAGGUUACUGUAGUUUCACGCAGUGGUAGAGAGGUCAUCAAAGGAGGCCUCGACCUCAAUGAUUCGGCUACAGUGGCUGAUCUGCAGGAGGCAAUUCAUAAACGAACCAAAAAAUUCUACCCUUCAAGACAGCGGCUGACCCUUCCUCUUCCACCGGGAUCAAAGGACAGGCCAACUGUUCUGAACUACAAGAAGAGUCUUAAGGAUUACUGUGAUGGGAAUUCAGAUAAUAUAACAGUAGUUUUCAAGGAUCUGGGUCCACAAGUAUCCUACCGCACACUUUUUUUCUUCGAGUACUUGGGUCCUUUGAUCCUCUAUCCUGUCUUUUACUUCUUCCCUGUGUACAAGUACUUUGGAUACAAGGAGGAACGUGUCAUCCACCCAGUUCAGACAUAUGCUAUGUACUACUGGUGCUUCCAUUACUUCAAACGUAUCAUGGAAACAUUUUUUGUGCACCGAUUUAGCCAUGCAACAUCACCGCUCUCCAAUGUUUUCCGAAAUUGUGCUUAUUAUUGGACCUUUGGUUCCUAUAUUGCUUACUAUGUGAACCACCCACUUUACACUCCUGUUGGUGAUCUUCAAAUGAAGAUUGGUUUUGGUUUUGGUUUGAUUUGUCAAAUUGCCAACUUCUAUUGUCACAUCUUGCUGAAAAAUCUUCGCAGCCCUGAUGGCAGUGGAGGUUAUCAAAUCCCACAUGGGUUUCUCUUCAAUAUUGUGACAUGCGCAAACUACACAACAGAAAUUUACCAGUGGUUGGGUUUCAAUAUUGCAACGCAGACUGUUGCAGGCUAUAUCUUUCUUGUGGUUGCCGCUUCGAUCAUGACCAAUUGGGCCCUUGCAAAGCACCGCCGACUGAGGAAGCUAUUUGACGGAAAGGAUGGAAGACCAAAAUAUCCACGCCGAUGGGUUAUAUUGCCCCCAUUCCUGUAGAACUGAAUUGAUACUCUGCCACUCUUUUGCUGAUUUGGUAUUGAGUCUUGGCAGUAUGAUGAAUCCCAGAUUGUGGUUCGUUCUUCUCAGAUAUGAAGUGGAGGUCACACUUAUGUAAUCGCUUGGAGAACCUAGUCUUUCCAUUUAGAUAGUAAAUUAUUGGAAAUAGAGGAUAAUCUUGUCCAAACAUAAUCUUAUUUUAAACUUUCUCCAGUAUGUUAAAUUAUUUGGCAAGUUAUCUGAAUUUGUUGGUUUAGCUAAUCUGAUGAGUUAUGACUUUCUGAUGAUCA